CAUCAGCCUCACCCCCGCUCACUUGACCCGAAGCGGAGAGCGGGCGUCGCGCCAUCUUCGUUCGGUCAAGAAAAAAAAAACACCGACCAGGAAACAUUCAAGGAGCUGUGUUUCCUCUCCACGUGCCUUAGAGGAUCUCCUAGACUUCCCUGGAAGCAGUACAAGGCGUGAGGUGGGAAUUAUCGGAUUUUUUACUUGUCGAUCGGCAACGAAAACAUUGAACUCCGCGAAGCCCUACGAACGUAGUCUCGUAGACUCCCUCCCUCCCGCGACCGGACUUGCAACUUGUUUUGCUUCGGUGUAGGACGAAUUAGAUCGUGAAGAAGUCGCCUUCGUAUCGUCUACCAAGAUAAAGCAUCACACAAGAAGAUACUGGACGGUUCAAAGGGCUCAAAGUUGCAAACCCUGACGCCAUAUCGCUGGACUUUAAUACGUUUGGUGUAACGUGAUACGAUGUUGUGGCGUCAUUUGGGGUGACCUCGCGUACGUACGGUACUCUACUGUGAUAUGGGCGGGCAAGGUAGCAGCCUUCUACACCGUGUCCCGGGUUUCAAACCUCUCCAUAUCGUGAUGCUAGGCCUGGAUUCAGCCGGCAAGACUACGGUCCUGUACAGACUCAAGCUCGGGGAGUUUGUGAACGCCCUACCCACUGUAAGCUUCAAUACCGAACAUAUAAGAUUCAAGGGGGAAGUCGGGAACAACAUGGUGUUUAAAGUCUGGGACGUCGGCGGUCAAGAAAAACUGCGGCCGCUCUGGAGGCCGUAUACUCGAGGCACGGACGGAAUUGUUUUCGUGGUGGACAGCGUCGACAAAGAGAGACUAGACGAGGCUAGAACUGAGAUCUUUCGUGUCGCGAGGUACACAGAACACCAAGGGGUGCCUAUCCUUAUAUUCGCCAACAAGCAGGACCUUCCGGGUGCUCUGAGCGUCCAAGAAGUGGAAGAAACUCUGUCCGUGUCCGACAUUAGGACCACCAACUUGUGCCACGUUCAGCCAACUUGUGCAAUUAUUGGAGAAGGGUUGACAGAGGGACUCGAAGCGCUGUAUCAAAUGAUUAAGAAGAGGAGAAAAAUGCUGAAACAGCAGAAAAAGAGGGGGAGGUGACACGCACUUGGGAACAGCCGUGUUGUGUGUCUUAUUUGUAAAGGAAUUUGGACAAUAAACAAAUUAGGAGUGAGUGCCACAUGGACAGUGAAAUGAGACCACAGUUUGACUGGGAAAAUUGUAUUAUAUCUACCAUUGCUAACGUUGUUAGUCAAAUUCUUAUUGUAUAUACAUGUAUAUAAAAUGUUUAAAGGGCUAUCAUUAUCAGAAUGGUCUUUUUUUUACUUCCCUUUUGAGUUUUUAACCACUUCCUUGUAUAAUCAAUAAUUUUUACACCCCAGUCCCCAGUUUUUAUUUUAGGAAGAUACAUAUACCUGUGACUGCCUUUCCUGAAUCUUUUAAAUUGAACGAAUAUCCCACAUUUAAUGGUGCAAAUGUCAUGUUGACAAUUUUUACUAAGCAAUGGACAAUCAUAUUUAUAAUGUGUUACUAUGGAACACUAAUAUGUUGCAUCCAUACCUAAUGAUAUGUAUGUUAUGAAUACACAGAUUGGCAAGGUAACAUUUCUUUUUGUAGAUAUAUAUUUUUUGAUCGGAUUCAAUAUUUUAUUUUGUAUUAAUACAUGUACGGUAUACAGUUUUGCAUGCGCAGAUUAACAUUUUUGUAUUAAAUUUGAUUGCCUUAGUAAUUGAUGGUACUGUAUGCAGACUAGACCCAGAGCUACAGUCCUAGCCUCCUUCACAGACUUUUUGCAGUGACAUUGUUUAUUUUUCUGGGAGUGCGCUGUAUGUGAUUUUCUUUUAUUAUAUGGGCUGUCUAAUACAUGUACUAGUUUGGCAGAGGGAGUUGUGCCUAUCAUUCUACUAGUACUAGCAUGAGUGGUACAGUGCUCUCCACAUACAGCUUACCCCCUGAAUAAGGCCCUCCCCUGAAAAUAAAACGCUCAAACGUAGCCUGUACCAGGCUUCGGGAAGCAGCUUUUAAAGAGUAGAAAUUGGCCUAACAGACAGAUAUCAUGCCAUAUUAUUAGCUGACCAACUCCCCUGGCAUGUUACCUGUCUAUUUUGCAAAUUUUUACUCUUUCCGACCCUUUUUUGAAACCUGGUAGAGGCUAGCUCAAACACUGCCCCACUAAAAGUCUGCACAGGAGGCUAAUAAUUCCACAGUUCAGUGUAUGAGUUAGGGCUCAGCUGACAAUUUUGUAAGUGCUCCAUUUCUUUUACUAGUAAUCAAUCAAAAGAUUUAUUGAUUUAACUUUGUACAUGUACUAUGUAACAGGCCAACACAGAUGGACUUUUACACUAAUUUAUUGAUUUGUUAACCAUUGUUCAGGCAAAGGCCUUUAUGUAUGCAUGUACAUGAAUGUUUUAAUUUCCAAGCAUCUGUAUGUCUUUAUGCAAAGGUUUAUAUGUCUAUCAACUGGUGUAUUCCCUUCCAUAGGGCAAGGUAAACAACAAAAAAAAUGUUACUGUACUACUGCUUGAAAGAUGUACAAAACACAGCAAAAAGACAUACUGGUACCAAAAAACAAGCUACAUAGUAGUAUGAUAUUAAUAGUUAUGCUUGGUGAUUGGUGUAUUCACCUGCAUACAGGGUACAAUCUUCUAAAAGAUGAUUUUGUAAUGCACAAGAAAACUUCAACAACUUCCAUGUCCCAAUCUAUUAUAAUAAUUUAUGAAAGUGAUUUCAUGAGUUGUUCAAAAGAAUGUACUUGUAAACCAGUGGUCUGUUACGGUGUAACUCUAAAAUGAUGGCAAAAUGUAACACAUGGGUGCUUCUUGUAACACUGUGUGAAUAAACGUUGUAUAUGGAAUAACA